AUGACGCGCUCCACGUCCAAACACGACCUGCCCAAUGAUAAACGGCUAUGUCUGUACCACGAGCUCUUGGUACACAAGGUAGACGGCCGCCUACCUAAGGGCAAGGCAAAGGAGCUUCUGGAGCAAUAUGCCCGCACCAUGUUUGACAUCGAGACAGCCAUCAAGAAGGUCCCUCCGGUCCUUCGACGCACUUUUGAGUCCUUGGCGGUGUCUAGCGGCAUUCCAAGAACUACCCUUUGGCGGAUCCUUCAGACAAAGAAGCUUCAGCGUCGUACUAGCCGCCUGAAGCCCAUGGUCACAGAUCAGUACAAGGCUGACCGUGUUGCAUUUGCCCGAUCGUUCGUUCAAGAAACGGCGAACAACGAUAUGGUCUGGCACGAAAUGUGCGAUUGUGUGCAUAUCGACGAGAAGUGGUUCUAUCUCACGGAAGUCAAUCGGCGGUACUACUACCUCUGGCACGACGAAGCAACGCCGGUACGCAAGUGCAAGCCCAAGCGACACAUCAUCAAGGUGAUGUUUCUGGCGGCAGUGGCACGACCGCGUUUCGACCACGCACGCAAGACGAUGUGGGACGGUAAGGUUGGGAUGUGGCCUUUUGUUUCCGUGCUCCCAGCGCAGCGGAGCAGCAAGAAUCGGGCGCGUGGUACAUUGAUUACCACCCCAAUUGUCGUGACGAAGCCUUUGUACCGCCAGUACCUCUUGGAUCACGUCAUUCCAACCAUCAAGCAAGCCUGGCCAGGCCCUCGAGCUCACCCGAUCUACAUUCAGCAAGACAACGCGCGCCCCCACGUCGAAGUAGAUGACGCCGCUGUGACAGCCGCUGGCUGUUCGGAUGGUUGGAAGAUUCAGCUUGUUGCCCAGCCAGCCAUGAGUCCGGACUUCAAUGUCCUCGACCUAGGCUUCUGCACACUUGUUCAAGAUUUGAACCACGGGGAUAAUGAAUGA